AUGAGGGCUUGUAUGCUGCAAAGAGUACAAAUUCGCGGGGCAGCCGCCGCCGCCAGAUCGCGAUUGUCCGCCCUUGGCCCAGUGCGCGCCGCCAGCAGCGUCUCGCAGCGUCCCAACUCGGAGUUUGUCCAGUUUCCCGGCGCUCUCAAGAGUGCCUUUACGCACAACCUCAACUUCGAGAACCCAGAAUCCUACAAGGCUCUUCCAACGUACCGAGUGGUGGAUCAGCAUGGCGUUGUCGUGGACAGCUCUUUUACUCCGGACAUUUCGGAGGAGCAGGUGGUCAAGUUGUACAAGGAUAUGCUAUUCAUUUCCAUCAUGGACUUGAUCAUGUUUGACGCCCAGCGACAGGGCCGUCUCAGCUUUUACAUGGUCAGCGCCGGCGAGGAGGCUGUUAGCGUGGGAACGUCGAGCGUAUUAGACCCCGAAGACGUCGUCUUUUGCCAAUACCGUGAGCAGGGUCUGUUCAAGGAGAGAGGCUUCACAACCAAGGAGUUUAUGUCUCAAUUGUUCUCCAACAGAAAUGACCCUGGAAAGGGCAGAAACAUGCCUAUUCACUACGGCAGUAAGAAGCUCAAUGUGCACACCAUCUCGUCACCUCUAGCCACACAACUGCCGCAGGCCUCGGGCGCGGGAUACGCCCUGAAGCUGCAGAAACUGCAGAACCCCGAGUCCAAGGCUCGUGUCUGCGCCGUCUUCUUUGGAGAGGGUGCUGCCAGCGAGGGAGAUUUCCACGCCGCCAUGAACAUUGCCGCCACCAGAUCGUGCCCCGUCAUCUUCAUCUGCCGUAACAACGGGUACGCCAUCUCCACUCCCACAUUAGAGCAGUACCGCGGUGACGGUAUAGCCAGCCGCGGCAUCGGCUACGGUAUCGACACGAUCCGCGUCGAUGGCAACGAUAUUUGGGCCGUGCGUGAAGCGACCAAGAAGGCGCGCGAGCUCGCCCUGCAAGACGGCGGCAAGCCCGUUCUGAUCGAGGCCAUGACAUACCGCGUGUCGCAUCACAGCACGUCAGACGACUCGUUUGCGUACCGUGCGCGCGUCGAGGUGGAGGACUGGAAGCGCCGCGACAACCCGCUGACCCGCCUGCGCAAGUGGAUGGAGGCCAAGGGCUACUGGGACGAGGCCAAGGAGAAGGAGGCGCGCGAUGCGCUACGCAAGGAGGUUCUCCGGGAAUUUAGCGCCGCGGAGAAGGAGAAGAAGCCCGCGAUCAAAACCAUGUUCGAGGAUGUUUACGCCGAGUUGACGCCGGGUCUCAAGGCGCAGAUGCAGGAGCUGAGGGAGCUGAUUGACAAUUACCCUGACGAGUACGACGUAGGUGAGUUUGAGGGUGGCAAGGAGACGCUGAAGACGUGA